ACAAUUUUUGAAAUCAAACAAUUAGUUUUUAUAAAUCUCUUUAUCAGCUCGCAACCCAAUUCUGUAUUUAUACGUUUAAUCAAUUCAUUUUUUCAUAUUUUGUUUUUUUUAAACCAGCUGCUAUUUUAAACACUUAAAAAAUCUCGAAAACAUGACAACAUUACCAAUUCCUUCCGCAACAACAAUAAUUAUAACACAAUCUUUGGAAAUGUUUCCUAAUGUCAAGCAGUUUCUCGAUGCUCUCGUCAAGGAUACAAAAAUACAGAAAAGACAAGUCGGACGAUCAUUUAAAUAUAGUGAAGAUAAAAAGAGAAUGAGUUGUCAUUAUGAAUAUGAAGUUUUUGUGAAUUAUUUUAUACAAAAACAUUUAUCCAAUCAAUUUAAAAUAGAAGUUAUAGAUCCAAAUGCCGAAGAGAUUUUAAAAAAUCCCAAUAAUUACAUAGUUGAUGACAUUAUGGCAAAUUCAAUUAAAGAGCAUUAUGAAAUUUUUAAAGAUCCAAACACCAAGGCCAUGGAUAUAAUUAAAAGUAUUAAAAUUGUGGCACUAUCAAGUCUAAUAACAAAUAACCGCCUUAGACCGAAAAGUGAUUAUACAGUGAACAAGGAUAAUUUGCUAGAAAUAAUAGAUUAUUUUCAAAAGGUUCCCCAUAAAUCUGUCAUCUUAAAACCCCAACUAGAUUGUGAUUUUUUUACAGCCGAAGCCGAUAUGAUAUUUGAUGAUGAAGCAAUAUAUGUAAUAACUUCUUCUAAAUCUGAAUCCCUUUCAUUGUAUGGGUCGGACAUAGCGUUAAGUGGAAUUUAUCUAACGAUUAUCCAUGGAUUUGGUUUCUAUAAGAAAACGGGUAACAAAAUAAAACAAAUCAAAAUCUACAAUACAUUAUUGGGUGUAGAGUUUUCAAUUGAAUUGAAAAAUAUCGAUUACGAAUUAUUCGAAGAAGUUCUUAGGCGAGAUGUUGCAGUCUAUGGACGUGUUGAGCUCGAAAAAAGGUCAAAGUUACCAAUUCCUAUAGCAAGCAGAAUAGCACUAACAAGUUUGGAUACGUUUCCUAAUGUCAAGCUGUUUUUCGAAGAUCUAAUUAAAGAUACAACAAUCGAGGAACGACAAGUUGGAAGAUCAUUUCAACAUAGUAAAGAUGUAAAGAGAAAUCGUUAUUUUUCAGCCUAUGAAUAUUUUGUGAAUUAUUUUAUACGAAAAUAUUUAUCCAAUAAAUAUAAUAUAGACAUAAUGGAUACAUUAACUGAAAAUAUUUUAAAUAAACCAAGUAAUUACAUCAUUGGUAAAAAUGUCACAUUGCGCGAUUUAAUUACAGAGCAUUAUGAAAUUUUUAAAGAUCCAAACACUAAGGCUAUGGACAUAAUUAAAAGUAUUAAAAUAGUAUCACUAUCAAGUCUUAUAUCAGCUCGCAACGAUAUACCACAAAAUGAUUAUACUGUGAACGAGGAUAAUUUGUUAGAUAUUAUACAGUAUUUGGAAAAGCUUUCCUAUAAGUCUGUCAUUCUUAAUCCCCAACUCGAUUGUGAUUAUUUUACUGCAGAUGCCGACUUGAUAUUUGAUGAUGACGUAAUAUAUGAAAUAAAAACCUCUCAAUAUAAAUCUCUUUCAUGUUACGAAUCGAACCUACCGUUACGUAGAUUUUAUCUAACGAUUAUCCAUGGUUUUGGUUUCUAUAAGAAAUCGCAUAAGAAAGUAAAAAAAUUCAAAAUCUACAAUCCACUAUUGGGAAAAGAGUUUUCAAUUGAAUUGGAUAACAUUGAUUACAAGUUAUUCGAAGAAACUCUUAGGCAAGAUGUUGCAGUCUAUAGUUGCGGUCAGCACGAUUAUAUAACCAAACUUCUGAACACUAAUAAAUAAGUUAUAUAAAUCAUAAGUCAGCGAAUCGAAAAAAGAGUUGAUAGUCUAUAGUUUGACUAUAGACCUGUAUACAAUUUCAAAUCAUACAAGUUAAUAGUUUGUCUAAAGACCAGUCUACAGUUUGACUAUAGACUAGUCUAUAGUUUGACUACAGACUAGUCUAUAGAUUGACUAUACACCGGUCUAUAAUAUAAGGUAUAGAGCAAUCUGCAGUCUUUAAUAUAAACCAAUAUACAGUCUUUGAUAUUGACCAAUCUAUAGUCUUUACUAUAGACCUGUCUAUAGUCUUUACUAUAGAUCUGUCUAUAGUCUACUAUAGACCUGUCUAUAGUCUACUAUAGACCUGUCUAUAGUCUUUACUAUAGACCUGUCUAAAGUAUUUACUGUAGACCUUUCUAUAGUCUUUACUAUAGACCUGUCUAUAGUCUUUACUAUAGACCUGUCUAUAGUCUUUACUAUAGACCUGUCUAUAGUCUUUACUAUAGACCUGUCUAUA